AUAUAUAUAUAUAUCUGUGCCCAACGUGGGACUGAAUAUAUCCAAUUUCCUCCCUAAUUUGGCAUGUCUGACGCUUUGCAACCGCAAGCACGUUCAUGUGCGAUCACCACUGCCGAUUCAGGAGAGCGUAGACAUCCACGGUUCUCUGAAAGUGCUUCAUUUCACACUGCCGACCACAGCGAAGCUCACACAGAGCGGAUGUGGAGGAAGACCUUUCAUGUCACUGGCCGAUCGGCCACCAGGGGCCGCCAAAGAGUUAUGAAAUGCAGACAGCCUGACUGGCCAAUCGGCCAACUGUGCAUCUGCCCACGCAGCUACCUGCUACAGUCGGCACUGGCACAGUCCGCACUCGAUCUGAGACUGUGGGGCUACUCCACCAGUCCCCCAGCAGACCCCAUUUAUAUUUUUCAAAGAACCAAAGAUUAUUCACCAGUACCACAGAGUUCUUUCACGAUUGUACAUUUUGAAUCGGUACUGAAAUCGAAAUUGAAAUCCCUCCUAUUUGCUAUCCUUUCACUCUGUAGUCAUAGUUGCAUCCAAACCAAGCUUCUCUGUCUUUCGGAGUUGUGUGGUUCAAUCAGGUAUACUGAGUCAGGAGACUUGAUAUCUGGAAAAUCAGUUUGUAUAAUUCGCCCAUUUAUUAUUAUUGGUGGAAUGACCUACCAUCAAAAAUGUUUGAGUGAUGCAAUCGAUCAAAAAUAUAUUUUAGAGUGAAGGUUCCUCUUUACCACAGUGUUCCAGUGUGGGUAUGUUUCAUUUUUUUAAAACCCAUUUGUAGAAUCUUGAAUGCGGCCAGUUGCCUAUUUUUCAUCGAGGCUGGGUGCAGGAGCUCAAGCAAUGCCACAGUGCUUACAGGCAGUAGAUGGGGCUACGGACUCUCUAAGGCAAGCACUGCCACUGAUAGGAACACAGGAUGUGGGAAUUGUUGUGCCUCACGCUGUCCUUGCUAUUUUGUCUGAAAAAAAUCUUCUGUAGUUUACAUGGCUCGGUGGACCCGAUGGGAAACAAGCUUGCUUAUGCCAUCCGUUCAUCUGAAACAACCCAGCUCUUUGAAUCCAGCCACACUGCUGCCAUCACCAGAUGAGGGUGAGCCUCAUCACUGCUGUGUUGACACAGAACCAGGAUUUGCAGUGCGGGGUCUUGCUAUGCCCCUAGUUGUCCAGUUGGGGGCGUCUGUAACGUUGCCCUGCUCUGUGGAAACCCCACUACCUCUGGAUGAGCUGGAGGUGCAGUGGAUGAGGGAGGAUUCUGGGACCCUGGUGCAUCUGUUCCAGGAAGGAGAGAGUAGGCCAGAAUCACAGAGCCCAGCUUACAGCGGCAGGGCCAAUUUUUUCUCUGAAGAAAUCUCCAAAGGAAACUUCUCUCUGUUGCUUAGGAAUGUCACUACUGAAGACAAAGGGCUGUACAAGUGCGUAGUUCACACUGUUCACGAGUCCAAUGAAACAAAGGUGAAAAUAGAUAUUGAACGGCUGGUUGUGACUGGUGCAGACCUGCCGAUCUCUGCAUAUGCAGGUCAGGAUGUGAUUCUGAACUGCUCAGUGGACACCCAUGUUCCUCUCAAAGAGUUAGAAGUAGAGUGGAUAAAGACAAACGGGGAAAUCCUGGUGCUGCUGUUUUCUGAGGGGGAGAACAGACCAGAGUCACAGCAUGAGAGAUUCAGGGGGCGUGCCGAGUUCUUCAGUGAGGAGAUUCCCAAAGGAAACUUCUCUCUGAAACUGAGGGAUGUGAAAACAGAAGACAAAGGAGAAUUCAUGUGUAAAGUCCAUACAGACAGAGAAUCAGUCAAUGCAACAGUGUGGCUGCAAGAACUGGGGUUUUCCUCCUUACAUUUGUGUGUCCUGGGUUUAACUAUUGCUGCAGCAAUUUUUGCAGUUUUAAGCUGCCUUCCUGCUCUUCGGAGUAUAAUCAAAAAAGAUGAAAGCAACAGGGCUCUGUUGCUAUACUGCCUUCAAGUCUCAGUUCCAUGCAUCCUGAUAUCCAUCGCAUUCGCCAUAUGGGGUAAAAUUGAAAGCUCUUUUGUAGAGGCUAAUGUUUGCAGUACCAUAAAUCUCAUGAGGAUCCUAGUGAUAUUUAAGGUGGCUCCAUAUAUGAAGUUACUUCCUGGUAUACAUUACCAGCGAUUCACUGACUUGGCUCUGCCUUUGGUGUAUAUUGUUGUUACAGCAUGGAUAAAUUCUGUUCAUCUCCAGAAUGUUUUGAUAUACCAUGCUCCAGAUGUAGAAAGAAAAGUUACUUCUGGAGUCAGCUUCGGAGUUGUGUUAUUGUGCAGUUUAUUGGCAGUUUGUUCUUCAGUGUUAAAAGCUGUACCACAGAUACUUACACAGUCAUUCACUGUGUUUCUGUGGCUAAACAUUGCCACUUUUUUUGAAGUAGUCUUUCUGAUUUUCACGCAUGAUGGAGAUUUUUUUUUAAUGGGGUUGGUUCUGGGCAGUUCUAUAAGUGGUUUUGGAGUUCUAAUACUGUCUGUGUGUAAAACCUGUUUGCUGAGAAUAAAAUAUGUAUAUUUAUAUCGGAAAGUCCUGCUGGUGCUUUGCUUAAUUCUUGAAAUUACAUGCUGCUUUCACUAUCUGGAUGUCGUUUCAGAGAAGGAUAAAGACCGCCCAGCAUUGAUGUUUUUAUGCGCAUUCCUCAUCAUCCUGGCUGUAGCAGCAUCCUUUCGGCACAGGUGUGAUUUACCAGCUGUUCCUCAUAUACUAGUAUAUGUGAUUGGUUCUGCUGUCCUAAGUGUCGUUAAUUCACUUGCUCUGGCAACAGAAGUCUUUCUGAAAGCAGAAAAAGGGGAGCGAACUGUGAAAGAUCUUCGGUUCAUCAUCCUCCCCCUUGAGUUUUUCUUUUUGGCCUGUUGGCUAGUUUUACAGAUGUAUGCAUACUGGCUGCAGAAAAAAGAAAAAAUUAAAGAACAGCUGGAGCUAAUGUUUCAGUUCUGCAAAACACAAAGCCAAUCACCAGCAUCAUCUCAGCAAAAUCAGACGCCACAGGAACUUCAAGAGAUAGUACCUCUCUCUCCACCUGAGCAGAGUACAGCACACACACAGGAGGUAUUUUCUACGCCACAGGAACUUCAAGAGAUGGUACGUCUCUCUCCACCUGAGCAGAGUACAGCACAUAAACAGGGAACAGAUGACAGUCCCAGUGACAUGUAAAGGAUCCUUUUGUUGUCUACAAGAGCCAGAUUAUGUAUACUGUUAUGUUGUGUCUAUGAAAGGCUUGUCUUACUCAAUCUGCUUAGUUUCAGGUUUGAGGUGUGCCUAUGUGGGUGUGCCAAUCAGCUCUGAUUGCUGCUCAGAAACACCUGGUAAAAGCUCUUUAAAAAAGCUUGUCCUGCACCACUCUUUCUCUCUACCAGGAGGAUGCUGGAAGAGCGUGUGAAGGACAUAUUAGCUGUUGCUUGCUAUUGUAUGUGUGAUGCAUAGGUAUCUUGGUAGUCUUUUGUUUUGGCAAUUUGGGCAAGCACAAUUCCUUUUGAAGCAGCAAGUGGUGCUGUUGUAUCAUUG